AUGAAGUGGGGCAACCUCUUGGUGCUGGCGGGGCUCCUCGCCCUCUGGGCCGGGCUGCAGCCUGCAUCUGGGCAGCUCGUUCCAGGGAAGCCCGGGAUGUGCCCUCCUGACCCCGUGCGGUGCAGCAAGCCCCUGCCCAAUAAGUGCAGCAGUGAUUUCCAGUGCAGUGGAUGGCUGAAGUGCUGCCAUUGGAGAUGUGCCCGGCGCUGCGUGGAGCCUGUGCGAGUGAUCUCCAGGCCAAGCCUAAGGAAGAGGCAUCACGGGGAGCAGGUCUGAUGAUGCCCAGCAGGAAGGCAAGGACCCCCUACCCUGGACCCAGAUGGGCAUGAAGAUCUGCCCAGGGAAGCUCCUCCAUGCUCCUCCUUUGCCCUUGCACCGACUUGCUGCAUCACCCAGCAUGCCCUGAACUCGGACCCAGCCCUGGGUUUGCUUCUCUAUGUGUGUGCCAGUGGUGGCACCAGGGCUUGUGCCCAGGUCCUGCUCUCUAUCCCCUGUGCUUCCACUGCAGACGCCUCUCAAUAAAGACCCUCCUUUCUGCA